AUGAGGAUUUUUACCAUUCAGGGUUUUACUGAUUAUGAAAAUACAGCUUCAAGCUUGCUGCAGGAUCACUAUCUUGAUUCAUCUUGGAGAACUGAUAACAAUCUCCCGUGGACGUUGGACAGCAGCAUUAGUGAAGAAAAUAGGGCUGUUAUUGAGAAAAUGUUGCUGGAAGAAGAAUAUUAUCUAUCUAAUAAAGCACUUUCUGAAAAAAUAUGGCUCAAUCAAAAGGAAGCGGAAAAAAAAUCUAUGAGAAGUCCGCAUAAGAAAACUGGAAAAGCCAUGGUGCGUUCACCUACAAAAUCAGCUAGUUACUCAUUAAAGUGGACAUCACAAGAAAAAGAACUGUUUGAGCAAGGACUGGUGAAGUUUGGGCGCCGGUGGACAAAAAUUGCCAAGUUGAUUGGAAGUCGAACCGUUCUACAAGUAAAGAGCUAUGCUAGGCAAUACUUUAAGAACAAGGCCAAAAAUGAUGAAUGUGAAAAAGAAGAGCAAAAUCGAUGUGGUAGCAGUAGUCUUUCCACUGAAGAUGGAAUUAGGGUAGAAGCAUGGUCACCCGGAAACUUGAGAGGCCGUGCAGACCCCAAUCUGAAUGCAGUGAAAAUUGAAAAAUUGUCUGAUGAUGAAGAAGUAGAUAUAACAGAUGACAUGGAUGAACUACUUUCUCCUACCUUCCUGCAGGAAGCUGGAAAAUCUGACCUGUCAGUUCUUUCCCAAAGUCCAGCUCAAGAAAUGAGAGGAAGGGAAUGUGUUUUUUCAUCUGUUGGACACAGUUCUGCAAUUUCUUUACCUAAAGAAGUUCCUCAACAUACUGUGCAAGACACCGUGGAAGCAUUAAUAUUUCCAGAUGUUGCAGCAACAUGUUCUCAGCACAUGAACGGUGAUAAAUCUAUGAACUUAGAUUAUCAGCAAUGUAAUAACUUCAUUGAGAAAGCUGAGCAAAGUAGAAUAGUAACAUCUCAUGCCACUAGGCAGGUAACUGAUCGGGAGCUUACUGAGGAACAGAGGGACUUGCCUGAUACUGGAUUGCUUUUCCAUUCUCCCUGCCAAAUGGAUGAAGAGCCUCAGGAAGAGACAGAAGAUCUUAAGCCACCUGAUCAGGAAGUGGAGAUUGAUAGGAGUAUCAUUCUGGAUGAAGAAAAGCAAGCUAUUCCUGAAUUUUUUGAAGGGCGCCAGGCUAAAACACCAGAGCGUUAUCUGAAAAUUAGAAAUUACAUUUUGGAUCAGUGGGAGAGAUGUAAACCCAAAUACCUGAAUAAGACUUCGGUGCGUCCAGGCCUGAAGAACUGUGGUGACGUUAACUGUAUUGGACGGAUACACACGUAUUUGGAAUUAAUAGGAGCAAUUAACUUUGGCUGUGAACAGGCUGUCUAUAACAGACCGCAACCAGCUGAUAAAACACGGUCCAAAGAAGGCAAAGACACAGCGGAGGCCUACCAACUUGCUCAGCGUUUGCAGUCAAUGCGUACAAGAAGACGACGAGUGCGAGACCCUUGGGGAAACUGGUGUGAUGCUAAGGAUUUGGAAGGACAGACGUUUGAGCACCUGUCUGCUGAAGAAUUAGCAAGAAGAAGAGAGGAAGAGAAACUCAAACCUGCAAAAUCUUCUAAAGGUUCAAGACAAGUAAAAAGUUCCUUUGAUCCCUUUCAGCUGAUACCAUGCUGUUUAUUCACGGAAGAAAAACAGGAACCUUUUCAGGUGAAAGUGUCUUCAGAAGCACUUCUAAUAAUGGAUUUGCACUCUCAUGUGUCUAUGGCAGAAGUAAUAGGAUUGCUAGGCGGAAGAUACUCUGAAGCUGAUCACGUUGUUGAAGUUUGUGCAGCAGAACCAUGCAAUAGUCUCAGUACGGGAUUGCAGUGUGAGAUGGAUCCAGUGUCUCAAACGCAGGCCUCGGAAACGUUGGCUGCCAGAGGAUAUAGUGUUAUUGGAUGGUAUCAUUCCCACCCAGCCUUUGAUCCCAACCCCUCAAUAAGAGAUAUUGACACUCAAGCUAAAUAUCAGAGUUAUUUCUCCAGGGGUGGCGCCAUGUUCAUUGGAAUGAUUAUAAGUCCUUAUAACCGAAAUAAUCCACUUCCGUAUUCUCAGAUUACUUGUCUAGUAAUUAGCGAUGAGAUCAGUGCUGAUGGUUCCUACCGCCUGCCCUACAAAUUUGAAGUACAGCAGAUGUUGGAAGAACCUCAGUGGGAACUGAUAUUUGAAAAAACAAGAUGGAUAAUUGAAAAAUAUAGAUUCUCUCAUAGCAGCGUCCCCAUGGAUAAAAUUUUUCAUCGAGAUUCUGACUUGACUUGUUUGCAGAAACUGUUGGAAUGCAUGAGGAAGACUCUGGGCAAGGUAACAAACUGCUUCAUUGCUGAAGAGUUCUUGACACAGAUAGAAAACUUGUUCCUUUCCACCUACCAAAGUGAGAGAAAGAGUAAUCCUGAAGAAAAUGAGAAUGAAUGUUCAAAUGAGUUGCCAAUGUGAUGGCUUUAACAACAAUAACAAAAAGAGACUAUGACAUUUUGAAUUGUUUCAUGAUCCCUCCCCCCUCCUCCCAUUAUGUCAGCUCUUUCAGAAUCAUCAUCCUUGUUAAAAAUAACAGUUACAGAACCUGGUGUACUUGUAUUGUUAUAGUCUGAAGAUGUGUUUAAAAAAUUCCCCUCAUGUGUCUUCUGACUACAUGAGGAACUCUGACGUUCUGUAAAAAUGGGAGUGUCAGAGUUAAGAUCGCGUGACCAACAGCUUACCAUUUGGGAAGAAGGACAAACUAGAGAACUCUAUUUCAACCCUGAAUGAGAAUUUGUCCUCCCUCAAGUCUUUCACUUUGGGAAUUUUCUCCUAUUUUCUAUCUACAGGUACACAUCUGACUAGAUCAAUACCAGGUAUAUGUACGUGAGAGGAAUUAAUGUUCUUUAAUGCUUUAGGGAUUAUAAGUUUGAAUGAAUUCACAAAACUUACCACUUUACUGAAAUGAGAAUUUUGUAAAUCAUUGGUUUUAAUCUUUCCUGAUACCUAAUCUGAAGUUUUCUUCUUUGGUUUAAUACGUUAUCUAAUUUGUUUUCCUGUGAUCCCUAUGGAUAAGUAGCUUUUGCGCAUGUUCUUAGCCAUUUUUUUUUUUUUAAUACUUGGGGGGAAAGGCUGGUGAGUUUUCAUGACUUCUCAUUUCUAGUUGUCCUUGUUUCCAGUGGAAAUGAUAACUCCUGUUUAUUACAGGUUGCAUUGUUUCUGAUCUUCCAUUCUACAGGGAGAUAUCUUGUUCUGUCACAUCAUUGUGAUUUGUAGCUUCUAAUUGCCACUGUUUCCUGUGGAAACAAGAGCUCUUGAUUUGAUGUCAUGUGGCAAACUAAGUGCCGUUUUGCAGCAAACGGAAAAAUAUUUGUCUAAAGAAGUUUGGAGUAUAUGCUUUUAUAUUCAGACCUUAUCUCUACAAUGUGCAGUUUAACAAGAUAAUAUAUUGUUUUGUAUCAGUUCUUCAUGUAUAAUUUCAUACAAGCGUGUAUUCGGAUAAAUUAGUCAUAAAUAGAAUUGACCCUGAUUGAGGUUUUUGAUUGCAGCUUGCAAAUAUCUCGUGAACUAUAUCACUGUGAAUUUUUAUAGAAAAAUGUGCUUUAAAUUUUGCUUUAUAAAUCAUGAGGAUACUUGACUUGCAUACAUUUAUUAUAUACACAGAUUAUCUUGGUCAAAAUGUUUCAAAUAGGUCUUAAAAUAUAUUUGAAAACAUGAAGCAAGCAAGAACUUGAGUUUAUACCUGGAGUGGUGACAAUUGACUUGAUUCUUAUUUAAAAUAUAUAUGUAUAUGUAUCUAGUUCUAUGUAACAUAAAUGGAAUUUUCAGAUUUUAGAUGUCUCCCUUUUUAACUUCAUCUCUUCAUUUGUGUAGAGCUAAACAGAUUUUGAAAAGCUUUGAUAUUAUAAAGUUGUUCCCUAAUGAGGGAACUCCUUGCAGAUAGUUGAAAUUACUUUUUUAUCAUGCUUUCAUAAAAUGUUAGUCUCUCCUUAUUUCUAAGUGGAAGGUGCAGAACCUGAUCAUUUAAAAAUGUGAGCGCUUCAUACACGAUGAAUUUCCCAAUGCAGAUUCGAGAGCUAUGGAUUUAAUACUGGGGGAUGUUCUGUUUUCUCUUCUCUGUCCAUAUCUGCUGGUAUGCAGCUUUAGAUUCCACUGCUAUGUAUAAUUUACAAACUUGGUGCAUCGGUGUGUAUAUAUAAGGCAUGUUGACUCAGUCUGCGUAUAUUCUAAAAUGGCAUCUCUGGGAUUUCUUAAUUUAAAAAUAUUGCAUGGCUUUCUGUGUUUCUAGUUUAGACUACGCUCUGGCUGACAAAGCAUUCCUUCCCUGGUUAGUUUUGGAGUGUUCUGCACUGUGAGUUACUCUGUUGCGGUUUUGCAUAGAUUGCUCUAUAGAAAAAAAUCACAUGGUAUAAAUGUAUGUACUAAAAGUUGUAAUUAGUUCUGAUUUGUAGAAAGAGAAAUCUGAACCUCAAACGUAACAGCAAUAUGAAGUAGAUGAAACGUUUUUUGUCUAGAUAUCUUUCCAGCCAUUUAAGAGCAGAUGUCAGUAUCACCAAAGUAGUGGUAACAACCUGCUGGCUGCUUCUGUUUAAUAAUUAAAGUGAGUGAAAGUAAUACAGUUGUAUUAAUUGGAUUUAACACAGUCAUGUUAGGUAAGAGAAGUUUUGAGUAAAACAUGCUCUUGAAGCAAUUAAUGCCUCUUGAGAAGAGGCCGUUGUGCAGUGUUGUGCCUUUGAUAUGCACUUGAAGACUCCAAAUUUCCCAAGAGUCGUUCUUGUAUUUAAGGCUGCCCGUUAACCAAAUUUGAAGCAGAGGUAGGUUUUAUUAGCGGUGGGAGUGAGGGGAAACUAACUGCUACCAGAAUCCAGUAUUAUCAUAGAAUAUUCUACGUGAAUCAGGAAGAAAUAAGACAAUUGUAAUGCGGACUAAUAAUUUUGUUGGCAGGAGCCGUGGUAAGAAAAUAACUAGUCUGCUUUUCCUAGUUUAUUUUGACUGCAGUGGCAUACUCUUAAGAAGAUAAGUCUGUUUUACUAAUACUGCCAAUUCUGCUACUAAACAUGUAUAAGGCAUUAAAUCUCUUGACUGAGAGGCUGAUUUUUCUUUUCAGCCAGGCAUUCCUCUUAUGCUAGCUCCCUUUUAAUAUAACUAUUAAAGAGUAAUAUGCUAUUUCUUUUUGUAAGAAGACCCGUUAUGCCUAGCUAAAGUUCUUCAGGAGAGAGGGAAAAAGGUGAGUAGCAAGUGGAAAGAUAUAACUAAAACUGAAAGUGUCAGCAGUUGAUAAAGCAAUGCCUAAGAUGCAUUACUUUUGGCAAAUAUCCUUUAUCGGCAGUGCUUUUCCACAAGGAUUUAUGCCUUGUGCUUAUGGGUGUUUGCUCUGUUUGUUUAAUGUCUUUUUUUAAAUGGGUAACUUCCCUAGGAGGAUAGUUUUGUUGCAAGAAAAGUUAAAGCUGUUGCCACUGAUUUUCUCAUUUUGCUCACUUUUUUGAUAUUCUUCACUGAUGGUAUCCAAGCGACUUAAUGAAGACUGUUUGUUCAAUAACUUUAAAAACUAUCUUCCCUAUUUGUAAUAGGUUCUUGUCUCUUGAACCUAAGAGCUGAUAUUUCAUUAUUCCAAGUUAGUAGUUUUUAAAAAAAAAAAAAA